GUCCGCUCUCAGGAGAUGUCGACGCUUUUCAAGAUGCAGGGCGGCAAGAACGUUUUGAUCGGAAUUUCGCUCUGGAUGCCCUUGGCUGCUUCUAUGGUGGCAUUUUUGGUUCUUCACAACCUGAAGAGUGGUCGUUCUGUUGGAGAUAUUUUCUCAUCACUGACUCUUUUUCAGGUUCUCACACAGCAGUUCCUGUUGGUCCCUGCCAGUCUUGCCAUGUCCAGUGAUAUGGUUAUCGGACUCAAACGUGUCUGUCAAUUACUUUCCUGUCCGGAGGAUAAGGAGCUGGAGAGGUUUUUUGAUGACCUCGAUGACGAGAAACUCGCAAUGAAGGUCGAGAAUGCGAGCUUCCAAUGGCACACGUUUGAGGACGAUGGAAGAGAGGACAAGAAUGAGAGUGUCAAGAGCACCAAAAGCAUCAAAAGCUCGACAAUGUCCGAGGAGCAGGAGGUUGUGGAAAAGGAGUCCCACGAGCGGGACGAGCUGUCAAAGACGGAUUUCCCCGGGCUGCUAAAUUUGAACCUGUCCAUCAAAAAAGGUGAUUUCGUGGUUGUUACGGGCUCUGUUGGGUCGGGAAAGUCGUCGUUAUUGAACGCACUAUGCGGUUUCAUGCCCAAGACCGAGGGAAGAGUUUGCAAAAAUGGUAGUGUGAUGCUUUGCGGUGUCCCGUGGGUGCAAAAUGCCACCGUGAAGGACAAUAUCACGUUUGGCCGGCCUUUCGAUCAGGAAAAGUACGACACAGUUGUUAAAGUGUGCUCCUUGAAGGGAGACUUUGAUCAGCUGCCAGGAGGAGAGCUCACAGAGGUGGGGGAGCGUGGUAUCACUCUCUCUGGGGGCCAAAAGGCGCGCAUCAACCUUGCCAGAGCAGUCUAUGCUGACAGAGACAUCAUCAUGUUGGACGAUGUUUUGAGUGCUGUGGACGCCAAGGUGGGCAAGUUCAUAAUGGACGAGUGCAUUCUUGGAUACCUCAAGCACAAGACACGCAUUCUUGCAACCCAUCAGCUUUCGCUGAUUGGCUCUGCGGACAAAAUCGUGUUCUUGAACGGCGACGGAUCCGUUGACUACGGAACGUUCGCCGAGCUCAGGAGCAGAAACACCGAGUUUGUGAGACUUAUGGAGUUUAGUCAUGACGUCGAGAAAGACGAUGACGAGGAGAUGUUAGAAAACGAGAAGAAGGGCUUUUUCGACGACGAAGACAAGGGAAAGCUUGUCCAGGCGGAAGAAAAGGCCGUCAACGCUAUCUCCUGGCAGGUGUACAAGUCGUACAUUAGCACGGGAUCUGGAAAACUCAAGGUCCUGCUCCCCAUGCUAUUUUUUCUCGUGAUUGCUCUCACCACCUUCCUCACUCUAUUCACCAACAAUUGGCUGUCUUUCUGGAUUGUCAACAGAUUCCACCGCCCAAAGAGGUUCUAUGAGGGCCUCUACAUCAUGUUCACUAUGCUGGUUAUGGUUUUCAACGUUCUGCAGUUUAUGAUCCUCGUGUAUUUCUGCAACAGAGCAGCGCUGAGAUUAAACAUUAUGGCCUUCAAGAGAGUGUUGCACGCCCCAAUGUCGUUCAUGGACACGUCUCCUAUGGGUCGCGUUCUCAAUAGAUUUACUAAGGACACCGACUCUCUGGACAACGAGAUUCAGGACCAGCUCAGAAUGUUCCUUAAUCCAGCAGCCACCAUCAUCGGCACCCUCGUUCUGUGCAUUAUUUACCUUCCGUGGUUUGCCAUAGCCAUUCCGUUCCUGGCAAUGCUGUUUUUCCUGGUGUCCUCAUUUUACCUGUCCAGCUCGAGAGAGGUUAAGCGGCUCGAAGCCGUGAAGAGAUCGGUGGUGUACUCACACUUCAACGAGGCACUGUCUGGAAUGGACACGAUCAAGGCCCACGGCUCCACGGAGCGGUUCCUCAAGGUUAACGAAAAACUCAUAGACGACAUGAACGAGAGCUACUACGUUGUUGUUGCCAUCCAGGGAUGGCUUGCCAUUAGUCUGGACUCGGUCGCGACGCUGCUGUGUCUGAUCGUUUCACUGCUCUGCUGUUUCCGUGUGUUCAACAUCAGCGGCGCUUACACCGGGCUGCUGCUUACCUAUGUCUUGACCAUUGCAGGCCUGUUGAGUUUCAUGCUGAGAUCGCUGACCGAAGUUGAAAACCAGAUGAACUCCGUCGAAAGAGUCAAUUACUAUGCAACCAGCAUCAAACAGGAGGCACCUUUCGAGAUACCAGAGAACGACCCAGAGCCGACCUGGCCUGCUGUAGGAGCGGUGAAGUUUGUCGAUGUCAGCAUGAGAUACAGGGAGGAGCUCCCUCUGGCCGUCAAACACCUCGACAUCAACGUUCAGGGGGGAGAGAAAAUUGGUAUUUGUGGCCGCACGGGAGCCGGAAAGUCGAGCAUCAUGUACUGUUUGUUCCGGUUGGCGGAAUUCGAGGGCCAAAUUCUGAUUGACGGGGUCGACAUAUCGAGAAUCGGACUGCACAAGCUGAGAUCGCGGCUGUCUAUUAUUCCGCAAGACCCUGUUCUGUUUAGCGGUACUGUGCGCUCGAACCUGGAUCCUUUUGACGAGCACGACGACGAAACCCUUUGGACGUCGCUAGGCAAGGCAGGUCUCAUCGACAGAGGACUUUUACCUCAAGUCAAGGAGCAGAAGAAGGGGGACCCCAAUCUGCACAAAUUCCAUCUGAGUCGGACUGUUGAGGACGACGGUUCGAAUUUCUCUCUUGGUGAAAAGCAGCUGAUCGCUUUGGCCAGAGCUCUUGUUAGAGGCACGAAAAUUCUGGUUCUCGAUGAGGCCACAUCGAGCGUUGACUACGAAACCGACGCCAAAGUUCAGACAACGAUCACCAAGGAGUUUAGUGAUUGCACUGUGCUCUGCAUUGCACACAGAUUAAAGACUAUUGUGAACUAUGACCGAAUCUUGGUCAUGGACAAGGGGCAGAUUGCUGAGUUCGACACUCCGCGGAAAUUGUACGACCAGAAAGGCAUUUUCAGGUCGAUGUGCAACAAGAGUGGUGUUUCUGAGGCCGAUCUAAAAUAAAAUAGACGGAAUUUUCCCGGUUUGGAAAUUCUGAUAAGGAUUUUGCACGAGAAAUCGAUAGCGACGUUAAUAUUGUAUAAAAUU